AGCAAGUGCCAAAACAAGUCCUGUCGACUGUCAGACAAUGACCUCGAAUAUUUCCGUUAGCCUGCGGGCAAGUCCAUCUUCACUGGUGUAGAAUGGCCAUUCCAGAUCUCACCUACAUCGCUGCUCCCAUGGUCAAGCAAAGUGAUGCUCCCUUCCGCAUGUUGACACAACGACAUGGAGCAACUCUCGCGUAUACGCAGAUGCUUGACCCUCACAAGCUUCUUGAAGAUCGAGAUUACCUCGAGUUUCAUCAGCGUGAUCUGACUUUUGGUCGCGAUGCUUGUAAUGAGACGGUGGUGGUCCAGCUAUGCGGUAAUGACCCUGAGAUCAUCGUUCAAGCUGGAAAGAAGAUACAAGACUUGUGCAGCGGUAUUGAUUUGAACCUAGGAUGCCCACAAGAGCAUGCCCGUGAAGAUCGCUACGGCGGUUAUCUUCUCGCCAAAAAGGAUUGGCCACUCGUCCAGACCAUAGUUUCUGCGAUGUCCCACCUAUUGCAGCCACCGACUUCCGUAAAAUUACGCCUCUGUCCUUCAUCGUCACCCCCAUCAUCCACAGUUGAAUUUGCCACUCUGCUGGAACAGGCAGGUGCAUCUUGGGUAACUCUUCAUGCGCGUCACGUAUCCGCCAGACGACGGCGUCAGGGCGCUGCAGAUUUAGAUGUGGUUCGCACUCUAAAGACAGCACUCAGAGUACCAGUCGUGAGCAAUGGCAACGUCCGUACAUGGGAGGAUGUACAGAAGAACAAGGAAGAGACCCAAGCUGAUGGUAUCAUGGUAGGAGAAACUUUGCUAGGCAAUCCUUGCAUAUUUGCAAAUAUCAUCCCAGACCCUGUUCGAGUAUCUCUUGAAUACCUAGAAAUCUGCAAAGAACUCCCUGAUAUUGCGACUCAUAAGACUAUCGAGACUCAUGUCAGACAUUUUAUUGAAUUUCAGUGCUCUCGGCGGCCAUGGUAUAAUAAAUUUCGCACAGCACUGCCUGCAUGUGAAGGGGUUCACGACAUCGAGCACUUAUUACGCACGAAGGUGACCAGAUGGCGGGGCAAGGCUGGACUCAAAAAUCAUGACGCAUGUCUCGAUGAUCUAGAAUGUAUCACGGAUUGAAAUAUUCACAGUUUUCACCUGAUUCUUCCCCUGCUAGUAGGUACAAGCACACUAAAAAGGAAUACAGUAUCGCAGAGUAUCUAUAGAGUGUAUCGCGGCUGUGUCAUAAUCAUUGAAGAAAACGGCUUUAGGAACACAUUGGUCCGAUUCAACUGGCAGUAUGUAGUCCGAGAAGACCGCCGCGGCGAUGAUUUCGUGUUUGAAUGACCAAAUUCUGUCCUAACAAUCU